AUGGACAACUUCCCUCCUCUAGACGCUGCCAAUCCAAGGCCAGGGGACUCUAUGCGCCAUGCACAAGCUGGACGACAUCACGGACCAAGCCCACCUAGCCAGCAGCAGCAGCAGCAGCAGCAGCAGCAGCAGCCACAGCAACAACAGAUCCCACCAGCUUCCGCUAUACCGCUCCUUGAGCCACAAGGCCCUCCUCAGCUACCUCCCCAACUCUUCACAACUGCAGCACAGCUACUGGACUUGACGGACACCAACAUAGUACUACAAGAUACGGUUGAACGACUGUACGCUGAGAAUCUAUACGCCGACAUUCCACGAGGAGUAUACCUGAUCCGAGGAGAGAACGUAUUACUUCUUGGAGAGAUUGACCUGGAUAAAGACGACGAUAUCCCAGAGCCAUACCAACUGGCACCUGCGUCUGAAGUCCUAGAGCUGAGAAAGAAGGCCGAGGACCAGCGAAAGCGCAAAGAUAAGAAACGAAACACACACUUGCAGGCUCUCGGGUUUGAACCUGAGCAUAGUGGAGAGAUAUUAUUUUGA